AUGCAAGUCCCAUUGCUGCAACAACAACAACAACAGGAGCAACAACAACAACAGCGACGUGUUGCGUAUCUUUAUGUUUCUCGUGAGUCUCUGUACGAGGAGACCAAUGGUAAUAAUAGUAACAAUAUUAAUAAUAAAGAACAGAAUGGUGAUAAUGGCAGUAUGGAUGAGGAGUGUGAUGAGUACAACAUGAUCAAUGAGGAAGAUUCAGGUGAUGGCGAGGACAAUGAUGACGACCAUGGUCCCCUUUUGAGUCUAGAUCAAAUAGCUGUUGAAAUGCAUGUUUCAGUGGAUGAUCUUUUUCACGCUCUACAGAACAGUAGUGCAAACAGUAGUAAUGAUUCUAGAGCAGACUAUUAUCCAUGUUGGUCCCUUGCUGUAUCAGAGAGUAUAAAUCAUAGUGGAAGUGAGGUAUCAGAUCCCAACAGUAUUAGUAGUAACAGCAGCGGUAGAAAAAAGAGUUCCAGUAGAGAGAGAAGGAACGGUAGUUCCAACAACAAUAGUAGUACCCUAGAUGAUAAUGAUGAUGAUGGAGGAGGAGGAGAAGAAGAAGAAGAAGAAGCCUUAAUGUCCACUCACCGGCAUUCCUCAAGGGAGGCAGUAGGAAGAACACCAUUACUGCGGUUCUCUCUGGAGAGUGCAGGAACAACACCACCAGUCGCAACCACAAUGGAAGGAAGAGUCAAUCGUGAGAUUGAAGAACAUUUACAGGAGGCGAUGGGAACAGAUGAAUAUAGAGGACCUAUUUUGUUUUACGCAUCAUCUAAUAGCGGCAACGCUUCACAUCUCACACACUACUCACUCUCAGAUUCUUCAUUUACUCGUUCGCUGAAUACUAUUCCCCCUCCUCUUCCUCUUUCUUCUGGUUCUUCUGCUGUUGUUCUUGUUUCUACGGGUUCUACUUCUUCACCUUCACCAGCACGAACACCAACACCACCAGCAAUGGAACGUACACCAUCGUCGUUGCCGAAUCCUGCGAAACGCCGCAUUCGGUUUGGCAGUCGAAUUGUGAGCAGUGUGUCUGUAUACACUGUUGAUAGCGAGGUGUAUCUUGGUUUGCACUUCCGGCAGCAUUGGUCUAGUUGGGCCGCAUUACUCUGCGGUUUUAUUUUGGAAAGUUUAUUUGAAGUACACUUAAAAUGGUUUGCGAAUAUCGGGGGUGCAACAACUACUGCGACCAUCCCUAUUGCGCAUUGGGUGUAUACAUACCGUGUCAUUCUCUCUAUAGUGUAUAGUCUUGCGUGGCUGCCAUGCUAUCGCCGUCGUCUGAUGAUGAACGCGAAUAGUAAUUCUAAUAAUAAUGAUAGAAAUUUUCUUAAUGGGAAUCGCUUUAGAAGAGGAUUACGUAGUUUUUGCAUGAAGAAGUUAAGUAUGACAUUCUUAUCAUCCUUGUGCUAUUCACUUGCUACUGCCACGAUGGUGCUGUCGAAUGAAAUGUCAGGAUCUUCAUUAUUUUUUACUGCAACCAUCAUGCACUCUGCGUGGAUUCUUCUUUACCGCGUUGCACGACGGCAAAUGGUUUUCUUUAUUGAGUGCUGUGGUGUAUUCCUUCUUAUUCUUGGAAAUGUGUUAUGUAAUAUUGAUAGUACACGCGCGAUGGGUCUGCGUGAAACACUAUAUGGGAAUAUUAUCAUGACAGGUGGGAGUAUUCUUUUUGCGGCUGCUUUUCUACUUAUGGCGUUUGGUCUACAACAUCAACUCUGCACUACAGUGAGUAUCACUGUUGCCGUUGGUGUGGAAUUGUUUCUUAUCACUCUUAUUAUGGGUGUAUGCUACGGCUAUCCAAUGAUAUCAACAUCAUCAUCAACAUCAACAGGAGGAAAAGAUGAUAGCAUGAAUGCUGGAUUUCUACGUGCAAACGCCCUACAUGCGUUUCUACUCGGUGUAGAAGAUCUUCUCUUUAGUCUCAUGUAUCUCUACGCCCUGUUCCAUCUUGAUGUUCUCUCCGUCUCUGCCUGCUUUUCACUCAAAGUUGCUAUUGUUCCCAUUGUUGCCCACUUUGUUGUUUGGCAGCACGCCGCUGUGGUCCCACCUGUUGUUCAGCUGCGUUGGGGGCCGUUGCUCUUCACGGGCGUUGCGGUUGUCGCCACAGCGGCGGCGGCGGUGAUGUACUUUGCGUCUGUGCGGCGUCGCUUUGUGGCCCGGCGGUUAUUUCACCUCCGCGGCCUCCGCCCCGUGCCGGAUCCAUACAGGAAGAAGGCACGGACACGGCAACAGCGACAACGGCAGCAGCUGCAACAGCAGCGGUACACACCACUGCCAUCAUCGGAAUCAAUGGCAGGAGUACGGUGA